AUGAAGCUGAUAGCUGCAGCCAUCCUCUCCCUGGUCACCGGCGUUUCAAUCGAGGAAGCGGUUCCGGGCAAUCACAUUGCGGCAUUCCACAGCUUUAUUGACCAGCACGGAAAGAAUUACAAGAAAGGCACACACGAGUACUUCAAGCGCUUGACCAUUUUUAGCAAUCGCCUCCACCGUGCUGAGGCGAUCAACUCGCGACCCGGUCGCUUGUGGACGGCUGGCGUCAGCCCAUUGGCUGACCUUACACCCGAGGAGCUGAGUCAGAAGAAGGGCUGGGCCGGUUUCGCAAGCCCGACACGGGGCAUGGGCCGUGGUACGAGGAGCAGUGUCUCACUCCUUCAGUCGACACAACUUCCGGACCAGUUCCUAAACUGGACCAAGCUGAAUGUCAUGAAGGGAAAGGAUCAGGGUGGCUGUGGAUCCUGUUGGGCUGUCACCGCAGCGACAGUGCUGGAGGCCCAUCGAGAGAUCUACCAUCGCAAGAAGGAGCCCCUGUCUGCGCAGCAGCUGGUCAACUGUGUCCAAAAUCCCAGGAACUGUGGUGGUUCCGGAGGAUGCAAGGGCGCGACUGUAGAGCUGGCCAUGGCAUACACACUGAAGCAUGGGCUCUCCUCAGAGGCGGAGGUGCCCUAUACUGGAACAGAUCAGGAUUGCCAGAGUGGGGCCGUGGCUACGUUGCAGUUGACCGACCAGGAUGACUUGGCUGAUGCGGGACUUCGGCGUGCCCAGGGCGAUUCACGGGGCUUCCACAGCCUUGGAAUCCAUGGUUGGGAGAAGCUUCCAGAGAACGAGUACUUGCCCCUGAUGCGCGCCCUGUAUCAUCACGGGCCGGUUGCUGUUUCUGUCAGUGCUAGCAGCUGGGAUCUCUACAUGAAUGGUAUCUUCGACUACUGUGACAAGAACGCCAUCAUCGAUCAUGCUGUUGUCCUGGUCGGCUACGGACGAGAUCAACAGCUGGGAAAGAAGUAUUGGACGAUCCUCAAUUCCUGGGGCCACGGCUUCGGCGAGAAAGGUAUGAUCCGCCUUCUGAGGGACGACAAGGAGGAGGAGAACUGGUGCGGUGUGGACAAUCAGCCAGAGCUAGGAACGGGCUGUGAUGGGGGCCCAUCUGCUGUUCGCGUUUGCGGAAUGUGUGGCAUACUCUACGACACUGUGGUGCCUCAUUUCACGCACAAGAACAGCAGCAGCAGGGUGAUCGCAUACUGA